CCUUUAUUUUCAAGUAGUCCACCUCAACGAUACAUCAGACGAGUUUUUCAGUAUUGCAAUCGAAUAACCUUCCGUGCGGAGAUAGACUUUUAUUAAUUCCCACGAAUAUCAAUACGAAUUAUCAUCGUUUUGAUCCGCAAAUCAAGAUCGUAUUGCGAUUAUAGAAAGUUGCAAUUGUAUGCAAGUGACAAUUUGACUGCUCCAUUUGCCUUCAAACUCCAGAGUACAGAAUCGAGGAAGACCGGUCGACACACGCGCUUACAAAUUAAUGUAACCUUUUCACAUUAUUCUUGUUUAUAUCAAAGGAAGUACUGUUUAGACAAAAAUGACUGCUUUCGAAGAAAUGGGUGUUUUGCCAGAAAUAGGAAAGGCAGUCGAUGAUAUAGAUUGGACAUUGCCGACGGAUGUUCAAGCAGAGGCUAUACCUUUGAUUCUGGGUGGUGGAGAUGUACUCAUGGCGGCGGAAACUGGCAGUGGGAAAACCGGUGCUUUCUGUUUGCCUAUUUUGCAGACAGUCUGGGAGACUCUCAAAGAUUUAGAAUCUGGUAAAGGAGACGGAGCAGCCGCGCAGGUUCAGCAAUCUGCACAUUGGGGAUUGAGCCUGUUUGAUAGAGGUCGAGCUUUGGCGGUGACACCAGAUGGCUUGAGAUGCCAGAGCAGAGAGCAGAAAGAGUGGCAUGGUUGUCGCGCGAACAAAGGAGUAUUGGGAAGUGGCAAGUACUUUUUCGAAGCAAUGGUGACCGACGAGGGUUUGUGCCGAGUAGGCUGGUCUACGUCUCAGGCUGCCUUGGAUCUGGGGACGGAUAAAUUCGGCUACGGAUUCGGCGGUACCGGCAAGAAAUCGAACGCGAAACAAUUCGACAAUUACGGCGAGGCCUUUGGGAUGCACGACGUGAUCGGAUGCUUCCUCGACUUGGUGAAGGGUGAAAUCAAAUUCAGCAAGAACGGCGCGGACCUGGGCGUCGCGUUUAUGCUGAACGCCCAGCAAAAGUCGCAGGCCUAUUAUCCGGCUGUGGUACUGAAGAACGCCGAGAUGUCCUUCAAUUUCGGGGCGCAGCCGUUCAAGCACCCACCCCCGAACGACUACGUGGCCGUGUCGUCGUCGCCGAGAGAAUCCGUCAAACACAAUCCUGUUAACAGCAGCCAGACUCAGACGAGCCAAAGCGGCAAGCCGACGAGCAACGCGCCCCAGGCGAUCAUCAUAGAGCCCUCUCGCGAAUUGGCCGAACAAACCUACAAUCAGAUCCAGAAGUUCAAGACGUAUCUGAAGGACCCGACGAUCCGAGAAUUGCUCGUUAUCGGCGGCGUGAACGUGAAAGAUCAAAUUGCCACCUUGAACUCCGGCGUGGACAUAGUAGUCGGCACUCCCGGGCGACUGGAGGACCUUAUACAAGGUGGUUAUCUGCUGUUGACCCAUUGCAGAUUCUUCGUGCUGGACGAGGCUGACGGGCUGUUGAAGCAGGGGUACACCGAGCUCAUCGACCGUCUGCACAAGCAGAUCCCGAAGAUCACGUCGGACGGCAAGAGGUUGCAGAUGAUCGUGUGCUCGGCGACGCUGCACGCGUUCGAAGUGAAGAAGAUGGCUGAGCGUCUGAUGCAUUUCCCGACUUGGGUGGACCUGAAAGGCGAGGACGCGGUGCCCGAGACGGUGCAUCACGUCGUGGUGUCGGUGGACCCGCAGAAGGACAAGUCGUGGCACAAUCUGAGGAACCACAUCGAGACCGACGGCGUGCACGUGAGAGACAACGUGAGACCGGGGAACAGCACCGCCGAGACGUUGUCGGAGGCAGUGAAGAUACUGAAGGGCGAGUACUGCGUUCGCGCCAUCAAGGAGCACAAGAUGGACCGUGCGUUGAUAUUCUGCAGAACGAAGCUCGACUGCGACAAUCUCGAGCGUUUCAUGAGGCAGGCCGGCGGGCAGCAGCUGUCGUGCGUGUGUCUGCACGGCGACAGAAAGCCCGCGGAGCGCAAGGCCAACCUGGAGAAGUUCAAGCGGCAAGAGGUCAAGUUCCUCAUAUGCACCGAUGUGGCGGCCAGAGGAUUGGACAUCACCGGACUGCCGUUCAUGAUAAACGUCACUCUGCCCGACGAGAAGUCCAAUUACGUGCAUCGCAUCGGAAGAGUCGGCAGAGCGGAGAGAAUGGGUCUGGCCAUUUCUCUGGUCAGCAGCGUGCCGGAGAAGGUCUGGUAUCACGGCGAGUGGUGUCCUUCUCGCGGCAGGAACUGCCAGAACACCAAUGUGACCGAUCAAGGUGGCUGUUGUACGUGGUACAACGAGCCUAACUAUUUGGCGGAAAUCGAGGAUCAUCUGAAUGUGACGAUUCAGCAAGUCGGGACAGACAUAAAAGUGCCGCUGAACGAGUUCGACGGGAAGGUUACGUACGGUGAAAAGAGAGUGGGAAUGGGUUCUAAUUACGAGAAUCACGUUCAACAAAUGGCUCCGAUCGUGGCCGAACUGGCCGCGCUGGAAUCCAGAGCACAGCUCACGUUCUUGAAGACGCACAUAGCUGAGCGUUGAAAACGGAACGCUGCCGGUGUCUCCUUAGUGGCUUAGAGCAUAUUUAUAUCGUAAUACAAUGAAUAUCAUGAGAAUUGAUAUUACUUUU